AUGGCCUAUCGCGACCACCCUGACUCCGCCUACGACUCUUACCCUUCUUCCUCUGACAAACAGCAAUCUCACCGCGGAAGAAGCCCAGACUAUGCCCCCAGAACCAGGUCCCGUGGAAGAUCAAAUGCUCCCGACUAUCAGCCUCGUGACACAAGCCCUGCCUGGGACCGCCGUACUUUCGACCCGGCCUCCCAGCCCAUUCAGCAGCCGCUGAAGAAUGCCAUUGGUAAUGCUUUUGAAAAAUCAGACGCAGCCCGCGUCGUCGACCCCAAUCUCAUUGCUCAAAUCACGGCCGAGGUGAAGAAGUCGGUUCUCGAUGAGAUCAAGUCAGGUGUCAUGGCUGGUACGACGCAGCCUCAGCCUGCACCCGUCUCGUCGCAGCAAUGGGUUCCACCUUCUCCUGCCUCGACUUCCAAUUCCAUCCCACCCCGCGACGUCUACACCCCUCCAUCCCCCAAGCGCAGCGAUUUUGCCCCCCAUCAUUCCCCAGAUCGAGGCCCCCUGCAUACCGAUCCACUACCAGAUACUAACCACGAUACGCCCACUGCACGAUUCGACCGCACUGUCCCCAUGGACCGAGAACGCCCGCCCACCCGGCCGCCUGCUGCGCCCAGAAUGGCAACUGAAGACUACACCCCUAUUGAGAAGAUGUGGCAACGCUUGUUCGACUCUGAUGGCCAACCCUUGCCCCGCCUAGGCCAACUCCUGAGAGGUCUAGCACUGCACUUGAUUGAAGACUACGAACCAAAAAAUAGUCUGGUCAUUUCCCCUGCCAAGAUGCUUAGGUUCUAUGAACAAGUCAAGGUCAAAGACGAAAUUUAUCCAUGGCAAACAAUAUUCGGCAAAAUAUCGUAUUCUUCUCUAUCCAAGAUUUACCGAGACAUGCGAUGCCAGCAUCAUCUUAUUCAACAACACCCGGCAGAGCAACCGUACAUUCCGGCCCUCACCCCCGACGGUUUUCAAGAAUGGAUGACUGCUAUGAUCCAGGCAUAUCCCGACACCGAAUACGAGCGGCUGACCAAAGCUAUCCUCGACAUGCCCAUCAGCAAUGCAGACGAUAGGAAGGAACGAUUUCCUAAGGAACUUCCUCGCAGAAUGUUUCCUACCGCCGAGAAUCUUCACGCGCAGCAAAGAUGCGCCGCUGCGCUUUCCUCAGAGGGCGUCGGGCCACUCCGAAAAGCCCCAACAUUCCCACCACCGCCUCCAAAAACCCAAGAUACUACUUCGAAUGGGCCGAAACUUGAACGGGAGCGGAGCCCAUAUACUUCCAAGCCAGAAAUCAGGCCCAUGGACAUUGACGACGAGUCUAGGCCUACAUCAGUACCCAUUGAGCGAGAGCGCAAACCGUACUCGGCAGCUCCAGGUGGUGGCAAGUCAUAUGAUGACAUGAACUCAAGCGCCUACUCGGACACUGCAACGAACGACAGGCGCAGACGUGCGCAAUCAAAUGCAGGCCAAGCUCCAUGGCCGUCUCCCCCCAACGACAAUUCCUACCAACCACCUCAUCACGCUCGCACAACCUCAACAAACACCCGACAACGAAGCCCGAGUUUCUCCAACUAUGGUACUCAGUCGGAUCCAAACGUUCGUGACAUUCCAAACAACUGCUAUGGGUCGAACAUGUAUGAAGACGAGGCUCGUCGCUUUAAUAAGGACUAUGAUAGUAAGAAGCAAAACCGACGCCGUAGCGGUACCUCUGGCAUGGACGGCUCUUUCGACGCUUCUUCACGACCUCCCUACCCUGAUGACGAUUAUCGAGCACGAAACGGAAGCAACGGAUAUGACAACAGAGGUUACGACUCGCGCCGCUACUAG